UUUCAUCUUUUGUUUCACUUGAAAAUUUACAAAUUUCAAUGUACAUUUCACUGUAUUAUAGAUUUUCGUUUAAUUUAUUUGUUCUGGAAUCCGAAUAAUUUAUGUAUCAAGUGUCCAUCUAAAGGUUUCAUUCGAAUUUUACUUGAUUUCAUUCAUCUGUUCCAUCUUCGUUGCAUUAUGACUUCUGAAGCAGAAGAUUUGAUGCUCCUUGAAAGAGCUUUCCUAAGAAUUGGUUCGACUGAAAAUGAUAAGCAAUUUGAAGCCUUGAUUGAUAAACUACUCGGUCCUAUAAUUUUCAAAGUUCCUUCACAUCACGACAGCGUCCGGAAAAAAGCUAUUGAGCUGCUGACUCAUAUCAGUAAACGUAUAAAAUGCCGGCCAGAAGUUCAAGUUCCGGUGGAAACACUUUUGAAGUACUAUGUAGAAGUAUCCAAGGAUCAGUUCGUCAAGAAUUUUCUCGUUGUGUAUGUAAAAUUGGGUUAUCAUCGUAUGUCGCCGGAGAAACAAGUGGAAAAUAUUCCUAUACUUUUACAAUGCAUCGAAGAUCCCAAAACUACUGAUCAACUACGGAACUCGUUACUCAAUUUACUUGUGAGAUCGUGUAAAUACUUUGUAGAUUCCGAUACUGCCAAACAAUUUGUCGCAGCAAAUGAUGUAAAAACUUGGAAAAGUUUACCAGUCCUUUUGGAGAUUUUUUCUGAUGUUUUAGUCCUUCCUUAUUCAUUGGAUGUUUAUUCCAACAACAACGCUCUUCCUCCUUGUAUGAGUUGUUAUUCGUUCAAACGAAUUACUCAAGAUGGGAAAAUCGAUGAUUUGGCGCAAAUCAAAUUAGGAAUAUUACAGUUGCUCGAUACUAGCGAUUUAAAACCCGAAGAUAUCUAUUUAUCAUACGUUAUCGCGUCCAUUGAUUUACACGGUGACGUAUCAUCUGUGGGAAAACAGCAGCUAAAGAAAACCGAAGGCUCAUUCGAAUGGACAGAUUCAGUCUUACGACCUCUUUAUAAAUUAUUUGUGGGCGAUAAUGAUAAAGUAGUCGAUGAGAAAAGAAAACGUCCAGCCGAUUUACGAAUCAAAUUGAAAUUGCUGCCAUAUUUGCAAAGAAUUAAUCAUUACUGCUGGCCAGAAUGUAUACAGGUUGUUGUUUCGUGUAUUGAAGAAGAUACUAAUCCCGGGAUUAAAUUAUCCGGUCUUAAUUUUGGUCUGAUGGCUUUGCAAAAGACAGAAUUACACAGCUUUAAGGAAGUAGCUCCGAAUUUUCUCAAUAUUUUAACGGAAAUGUUAUGGAAAAAAGAGAAAGAUACUGCGACCAGAAACACGAUUUAUAAAUUAGCCGGAAACGUUAUCUCUUUGAAUCCAGAGUUGGUUAAAUAUCAUAAAGAAAUAUUUCCUAAAUUUAUCGAAGAUCUCACCGAGGAAACGUCGUCUGAAAUGAGAAAUACGAUAAAAGAUUCUCUACUUAAAAUGGCUUACGCUUUCAAAGAAACCGAAGAACCGGACUCGUUGAUGCAUUUCCUCGCCAACAGAAUCACAUCACCGGAACCUUUGGUUAAACACGUUGUUAUGCAUUAUCUGCACAAAGUUUUCGCUCCUGAUCACGUAAACUCGAGAUUUCUACUAAUGUGGCUGUCAGCUGACUGUAAUGUUAAGAUGCGCGAAGAAGCAGAUAAUUUGUUAUAUGAGCAUUUGAAAUCGUUGAAAGAAAAUAAACCUGAUAAAAUAACGUCACGUCAAAUGCCAGAAUUUUCAGAAAUGUUAAAUUACGUGUAUAAAGGAUGCUGUCCUGGUGAAAGUGGUUUACAGACCAAGUUCAAGUUCGGUGAUCAGAAUUUAGUUCUUCACCAAUUCAACUACGUUAAGAUUCUCGUGCACUUGAGGGCGUGUUUGUUGUAUGAAUGUUAUUGGCCGCUCUGUAUCACGAAAUUCGAUCAUCCAUGUUCAUAUUCUCCCAGAAUUGGACAAUUCCUUCGAAAUUUGUAUGCCACUGAGAGAAACACGCUGGAAUAUUACAUGGAAUUCAUAACUCGAGUCAUGUUGUAUGCUAAUUAUGUCGAACCGUUGAAAUGCUUGUUAGAAAUAGUAGGCACAGUGCCCGAUUUAUUUUCCAUCAUGUUUGUGAAACACUCUCAAACUCUACAAAAUUAUAUGUUCGACAAGAACGAAGAACUGAGCAUCGUAGCAACCGAAAUCUACGGUAUUGUCUUCGCUUACACAUCGAUACCGCCAGAAAUCAAACCGAAAAUCGACGAAUUCUUCAAAUACAUCGAAUCUUCUCAAGAUGAAAAGCAGUGCUGCGCUUCAAUGCGAGUCAUCGGUUGCUUAGCUGAACGCGGACUGUUUCAUAAAACGAAAAGUGUACCGUUGAAUUUAGUCGAACUCAUCGCUGAACGGAUCAAUUCGAAAAGUAACACGAUAGCUCUAACAGCGUGCGAAUCCAUCGGUCGUAUUGGACGUGUGCAUGAUCUGCCAUUACCCAAUCGUAAUCUGAAGGACCCUGUGAAAUACGGAGAUUUCGACGGAUUACGUGUAAAUAAUGAAAAUGAGAAACCCGACAGUGAAAAAUCGACCAACAAGCAAGAAGAUAACGCCGAUGAAUCUACAGCUCAAAUGACCAAGUUGAAGCUGGUCGAAAAAUUACUCGAUUUAGCUACCGAAAAAGAAGUACCUCACAAACUCAAAAUGAAAGCUGCGCAAACAUUGGGAUUAUUAUGUGUCGGAGAAGAAGAGUUCCCUUACCGUAAACUUAUCAUUGUAACGAUUUUGAAUAAGCUACGUGAUGAUAAAAUUAUUGGAACUUUAUUAGACUUCGGAGACGUUCUGUCCGAUUGUAUUAUGGGAUCCUAUUCAAUUCGUUCGUUAGAUUUAUGGAAUCAUAAAGAAUCCGAAUUCAAGUUACCAAAAAACUGGAACCAUGCAAAAGCUAAAGAAUUAUUUUUAUUUACCGUUAGGAAAAUUAAAAGUGAUAUGGUCGAAGACACGAAAUGUAAAUCGAAAACUGCUGGAGCUGUUUGGAUGUUGAUUUUAAUGAAGAGAUGUAUCAAGUUACCAUUAGAUUUAAAUGAUUUGACCGAGAUUCAAAGCAUAUUUUUAGAUUUGAUUGCCCUGAAUGAUGAAACUGUUCACGAUGCUGCCACCAGAGGUUUAUCGUUCAUUCCACGUUUUGUGGACGACGAAUCUACGAAUAUUCUAGCGAAGCAAUUGAUUGAUAAAAUUUAUAAUGUGAAUAAAUCUACUUCUGAGAUUGGCAAUGUUUUAGGAAUGUACAAAGAAUUUUGCUACUUAGUCACAUCGUUGAAAAAUUCUGGAAUGAUUUAUCAUUUUCUGAAUCUACUGAACCGCGAUAAUCAGAAAUCAGAUGAUAAAUAUUCUGCUCAAUUCAAAGACCACGAAGAAGCAUCAGUCGGCGAAUUGAGGCCAUAUUUUCCUCAAAUAGUAUCUUCGUUGUAUUUCUACAGAUUUCAUCCGUCUCCUAAAAUUAAACAAGCCAUGAGCGUAAUAUGGAGCACUCUGUUCCCAGAAAAUGUUAAAACUGUUCAAGCUCACAGUAAAUCCAUCCUUCAAAAAGCCAUCCCCGAGUUAACUCGACCAGCUUUAGAGUUAAGAAUAGCAUAUUGCUUGGCCUUAGAAGACGUGCUCAGAAUCGAAGGAAAUAAAUUCGUUUCCGAAAAUAAAGAACUCAUGCCGGAAUUGCUAACAAAUCUGUAUAAAUUAAUGGACGAUAUUUACGAUUCAGUCAAACGAACCGCUUAUGGGACCACUAAAGCGUAUUUACAAGCUUUCGUACAAAAUAUCUUAUAUCACAAGAAGUCUAGCGAUUCGGAAAACGAACUACUUAAUUUAAUUUUCCCUGUUUUGUUAAACCAAGGAGUAUCUAGUAACGUACUCGAAGUACAAGCUGUUAGCGUAAAGGUCCUUCAGGAUAUCAUCGACCAUGUGGGUACCUUAAUCAAAAGCCAUCUACAUUACUUGAUCCCUAAAAUAUUAGAAAAUGCGUCCGAAAUCGACGUCUCUGUGAUAAAUAAAUACGCAGUGAGAUUCGCCGAUGAUGCGCAAACUACUGAAAAAAUUGAAACUUUCAAAGAACAAUUUGUAUCUAAUCAUUUCUCCACGACUACGAUUAGAGGGUGUAUUCGAUAUAUGGACGAAGACGUGAUCGAGAAACUUUUGCCAAGAUUGUUGGAAUUAUUGAAGGAUAAUAUUAGUUAUAGUACGAGAAUGGCUGCCAUAAAUUUUGUGAUUACUUUGGCCAAUACGAUGGAUGUUCCAAAGCUACAGCCUUUUGUGGGUAAAUUAUUAGGAGCCCUGUUAACGGGUGUGUCGAAUAAUCAUAAAACAGUACGUAAAAAUUCGGCCACAGCUAUUGGAAAUUUAUGUAAAGCAGCUAAAGAUUCGAGCAUCGAUAACCUGCUGAGUAAACUAGUCAAUAUUUAUACAAAAACUCAGGAUGAAAACAUCAAAAGCGCCGUCGGACAAACUUUACUGGCUAUAUCGGCCCAGAAUCAAGAAGCUAUUCAGAUACGAGCUGAGAAAAUCGUUCCCAUUAUAUUUUUCGCGAUGCAUUUGAAAAAGCUUCCUGAUGGCAGCAACGACGGCUUCAUAGAAUUGUGGAACGAAGUAUGGAAUGACGUCAUAGGUUCGAUGGAAGUCACUUUAACGAAGCAUAAAACACCUGUACUUAAACUGCUCAUCGAAUCUUUCAAUUCUCCAGCAUGGAGCACGAAAACUCAAGUGGCCAGAUCGUUAUCGACUUUCGUGAACAAAUACCCGGAUAGUCUGCAAGAUUGCGAAGAAAUUAAAUCCAUCACGAAAGAGAUCAUCGCCACUUUACAAGCAAAGUUUUGGCAUGGUAAAGAAGACCUUCUAGAAACCGCUGCAGCGUUAUGUUCGAAGGAAAGAAUUUUAGACGAAGCUUUGCAAAUCGAAGUUAUCGAGACUGUGUUGAAAGAAUGCAGUCGUGGCAAUAUCGCUUAUAAAACUAUCGCCCUGGAAUCAUUGGGUAAAAUUUUAAUGGUUUCGAAUCACGAUUAUUUUGCUCAAGUGUACGAAAACGUCAAACAUAUCAUAUCCGAUAAUUUCGAAGAGUCAGCCACUGCCAAUUUGGAUAAAGAAGAAAGCGCAUCGGUAUCGAACCAGUGCCUUAAACUGAAAGAAACAGCGUACUUUGUUCUAGGCAAAGCUUGGCCUAACGAUGCUCGUACUCAAAGCACUUAUCAAGAAGAAAUAGUCCAAUUAUUAACCGACUGCUUGAUGAAAAACACCAGAAUUACUCAAGUCUCUGUGAUGGUCGCUUUGAAAAAUCUCAUUAGCAAAUUGAAUAUAAUUAAGAAAUCAUCGUUAACUCCCGAAGAAGAAAUCACCCUCAAUAGCGUCAUGGUGAAUAUUGAAAAAUCCAUUCAAUACGCGAUCGAAUUAAAAAAGCAUACAUUAUUGAAAAAGGAAGCGUUACACGUGAUGAUAAAUUUAAUGGAACAAUUCAACGAAUCUGGAAAUAGAGCGUGUUUGAAACGUAUCGUUGACUUGUUCACGGAUCAUGUGAAUGACCUUACGAAAGAUCCCGAUCCUAUUAUCUCGCUGCAGACGAGUCAGCUGAAGGAAUUACUCAAAAGAAUUUCUCAAAGUUAAGAUUUACCUACUCAGUCAGCAGAUGGCUGAAGACUAACAAUUUUCUUUCCUAACUCGCUUUUGUAUAAAUAAUAAGGUGUACCUUGGUAAUAUGUUUUUUAAAAUAUUUUUUAUUCCGCCCAUUUUUUUCGGCAUCUGUGUUGUUUUAAUGUCGUAUUAUGAUUUUAUUUUUCGUACCUAUAUGAAUACUUAAUGUGAUUGAAUGGAUUAAAUAUCAGCCCCAAUUUUUCAUUUUUUUUUUUUGUUUUUUAACAAUGUGGAAAUUUAGUGGACGGGUUUUGUAUUAUGUUGCAUUUUGUUGCGCAAAUAAAUAUUUUUAAUUGCUUGGA